AUUUAUAGGGAGGGCGGGCUGUAGUUGCGUGAUUGCUCAUCAACCCAGAGAAGGAAGACGAUGGAAUCGUCAUGGCUGAUGACAAAAGCACGCCCCUUUCGUCCCAAGUCGUACUGAGGGCGAGGAAUGCUUACUUCAUCUACUACUCAGAUUUUACCGCCCGGAACAACACUUCGAAAGCCAUGGCUAGACACGUACGGCGCUUCUUUAAUUUCGAUCCCUCUCGGUCAGAAACCUACGCAGCUCCUUGAAAUAAGACCCCACUCAGGUAGGAAAUAGAAUUUCGACGGGUACUUGCGGUGUUCAAAUCAUUUGACGGGACAACGAGACAGCCCGUCCUGAAUUUUGCCAAGCUCGAUAUUUCUUCCUCAACUCGCAACCGUCACCGCAACUUUGCGCAACAUUGUCAGAAUGACUGUCCCAGCUGAGCACCCUCUUCAGACCCCGCCACGGGCACCUUCUCCCCUUUACGGGUUUGGCACCCUGGCCGUUCAUGCUGGCGCGCCUCACGAUCCUACAACCGGUGCCGUCAUUGAACCCAUCUCGCUCUCUACAACAUUCGCGCAGCAUGGUGUCGGUAAGCCCGUGGGCGCAUACGAGUACUCCCGAAGCGCAAACCCCAACCGCGACAACUUCGAGCAGGCCGUCGCCGCCCUCGAGCAUGCCAAACACGCUCUCGCCUUUGCCAGCGGCAGCGCGGCCACGGCCACUAUUCUCCAGAGUUUGGCCUCCGGGUCGCAUGUCAUCAGCGUAAGCGAUGUCUACGGCGGCACUCACCGAUACUUCACACAGGUUGCAAAGGCGCAUGGAGUGAAGGUUACCUUCACGCCCCAGAUCGAGGUCGACAUCGCCGAACACAUCACCGAUAGCACGAAAUUGGUCUGGAUUGAGUCUCCUAGCAAUCCUACAUUACGAUUGGUGGACAUUCGCGCGGUCGCGACGGCGGCGCAUGCCAGGGGGGUCUUGGUGGUCGUGGACAACACAUUCCUCAGUCCCUAUAUACAGAACCCGUUGGAUCACGGCGCCGACAUCGUCGUCCACAGCGUCACAAAAUACAUCAACGGACACUCAGACGUCGUCAUGGGCUUGGCCGCAUUUAACUCGGAGGAUCUUAAGGCACGACUGUCCUUCCUGCAGAACGCCGGCGGAGCUGUUCCCUCCGCCUUUGACAGUUGGCUGGCGCACAGAGGUGUCAAGACGCUGCAUUUGAGAGUCCGGCAAUCAAGCAACAAUGCACUGGCGGUCGCAAAAGCGCUGGAGACCAGCCCUUACGUCGUCGCUGUCAACUAUCCCGGACUGGACUCCCACCCCCACCGCCACAUUGCCAUCAAGCAGCACCGCGAAGGCAUGGGCGGCGGUAUGCUCUCGUUCCGCAUUAAAGGCGGCCGCAUAGCAGCCGAGAGGUUCUGCCAGCUCACCAAGAUCUACACCCUGGCCGAGAGUUUAGGCGGCAUCGAGAGUCUGGUCGAACUGCCCAGCGGCAUGACGCACGCAGGCAUUCCAAAGGACCAGCGAGAAGCAGUCGGUGUUUUUGACGACCUAGUUCGGAUCAGCAGCGGUAUUGAGGAGGCUGAAGAUCUAGUGCGGGAUGUAGAGCAGGCUUUGGCCAGGGCCGUCUCCGAGAUAUCUUCAAACGGCGUCAACGGGUAUUCGGGAAACUAGAAAAGGAUGCAUUUGUGUAAAGGCGUGGUUGGACAUGCGCUUUGGGUCACACUAUAGGAGGACCAGCUCGUGGACCAGUCCUUUGAUAGAAUAUUGGGUUCUUUCGUUACGUACCGGCAUACAUGACCAAAUUUACUCAGCCUGCGUCGCGUUGUGUCAACUUCUAUUCAAAUGGUGUCGCUCAAAGGUAGGCUACGCUAGCUUGUCACCCUUUGGUAGCUGUUCUCCCGGCGCCCCUGAGCAGUAUCCAUCAUGUGAAUCUGUAUGGAAAAACAGCUAAACGAGCACAUUUUGGACUUUGUUCAAAUCCAGGCUGGACAGAAUUUCAAAUCAAGUGAGGUGGCGCGCCGUGGGGUGUAUU